AGACUUGAAUACCCCUUAUGUUGAAUGGCUAACUUGUAACUAACUGGUAUAUGCUAGUAUCAUUGAAAUGCACCAAUCAGGAGAAACCUCUGGCAACGUCUAGAAGCCAGGUCUUGACUGUAUACGGUACAUGUAGCUAUAGUAGGGCAGAGUGGACACACAGGACCUGGAGAGGACCACAUUACCAGAACAGAGGGAACCCUUGCAUAUUGGAUCAGACACCUAACAUAGCUGUAAAAAGAUGGCACUGUACUAUGGCUAGUACAUACAUCUAAGUAAAGCUGGCCAUAAACACAAAGAUCCGAUCAGCGAAUCCUCGAUUCGUACGAUUUUCGGGCCGUGUGUGGAGAGUCCCGACAAUUUUUUGUCGCAAGGAGAUCGGUCGUUUGGUCGACAGGACAGGCAAUGUCUGACUCGUCAAUGCUUUUGGUCAGCUGCAUAGAGGAAUCCAAGAAAGAUAACAGAAAUCCUGCACUUCAAGCUAAAUUAUCCCUGCUCAAUAACAAAAAACAUUUGAAAAUGCAGACAAACGCUUACCUAAUCCAGGUGAAUGGAUCUGUAACUCAUCCGAAGGUCCUCGAUGUUCAUGUGAAUAUCCAGAGGCCCAAUACUGUUGAGAGAAUUAAAAGCCAAAAGCCGAGAUGGACAGUACGUGCAUCAGAGAUGUCAAAGAAAACUUUUAAUCCCAUCAGAGCCAUUGUGGAUAACAUGACAGCCAUACCCAACCCUGACAAACCAAUGAUUGCUUUGUCUAUAGGAGACCCCACAGUAUUUGGGAACCUUCCUACCGAUGAUGCAGUAAACAAGGCCAUGAAAGAAGCUAUUGACUCAAAGAAAUACAAUGGUUACGCUCCAAGUAUAGGUUACUUGUCAAGCCGUGAAGUGGUUGCAAAAUAUUAUACAUGCCCAGAAGCACCUCUGGAAGCCAAGGAUGUCAUUCUUACCAGUGGAUGCAGUCAAGCUAUUGAGCUUGCGCUAGCAGUGCUUGCCAAUCCAGGCCAGAACAUACUGGUUCCACGUCCAGGAUUUUCUCUUUACAAAACCUUGGCUCUUUCUUUGGGAAUAGAAGUCAAACUAUACAAUUUGUUACCUGAAAAAUCCUGGGAAAUUGAUCUGAAGCAUAUGGAGUCAUUGGUGGAUGAUAAAACUGCGUGCAUUAUCAUCAAUAACCCAUCAAACCCCUGCGGCUCUGUUUUCAACAGGAAGCACUUGCAAAAAAUCUUAUCAGUGGCUUCCAGGCAGUGUGUACCUAUUCUAGCAGAUGAGAUCUAUGGUGAUAUGGUUUUUGAGGAAGGGGCGUUUCAGGCUUUAGCGCCCCUAAGCAACAAUAUUCCAAUCCUGUCGUGCGGUGGGCUUGCCAAGAGGUGGCUUGUGCCUGGCUGGAGGUUGGGAUGGAUUCUAAUCCAUGACCGGAAAGAGAUUUUUGGAAAAGAGAUCAGAGAAGGCCUUAUACGACUGAGCCAGCGCAUCCUUGGCCCUUGCACUAUUGUUCAGGGAGCCCUAGAGCACAUCAUGAACAAAACACCACAGGAGUUCUAUGACAACACCAUCAAUUUUACUAAGUGUAACGCUGACCUGUGCUACACUACCCUCAGCUCUGUCCCUGGACUCUGCCCAGUACGACCAGCCGGAGCUAUGUACUUAAUGGUUGGAAUUGAGAUGGAGCAUUUCCCAGAAUUUGAGAGUGAUGUGGAUUUCACGGAAAGAAUGAUCUCAGAACAAUCAGUUUUCUGCCUUCCAGCCACUUGUUUUGAAUAUCCCAACUAUUUCCGAAUAGUCUUGACCGUUCCAGAAGAAAUGAUGAUUGAGGCUUGCAGGCGUAUCCGGGAGUACUGUGAAACUCACUAUCAGGGCUCUGAGAGCACCCAAGACCUAGAGUGUGAUAAAUGAGCAGUUUGCUUAAACCCCCAUGAUGUCUAACUCUGUUUUUAGUGACUCCACAACCACAUUCCUUUAAAAUGCCAUUAUUUUAAAUCAAAGUUAUAUUUAAAUUGCCAUUUUUGACAACCGGAAAAAAAUGCAUCAGAAAAAUGAAAACUGCAGUCCCGCACUACAACUAUAGAUUCUGUUAUUACCAGCUGACGUCAGCUUGUUAAUGUCUCUGCUUGAAAUCAAAUGGACCACCAAUAUUUAUGAAAACAAUGGUGGAUGUUGGGUUUGAAUAGUAGAACACAAGUCACAUAGGGAUCAGGACCUCUGGUGGCUACAGCUACCUCUAGUGGCACAACUGUAACAAGUGCAAAACACUAAUAAAACAAUGGCAGCAGUUGGGAGUUCCAAACUGUAAAAAAUAAAGGAACAAUCAAAUAGUUUGAAUGUUAAUAUUCUGUAAGAUGUGCCACUGUCUAGCACUUAUAUAUUGAUGUCUCUCUGUGUCACAUUGUACCCUAUAAUGGGGCUAGACUAAGUUUAGCUUUAAAGAAAAAAAAAGAAAAGUAUGAGAUCAGUUAAAUGAUGACUCCAUAUGUUGUGUCACAUUCCAUUUUAGUAAAAUUUACAUUUGUGUUAAUACUCCAUAACAUCAGUUUGUUAUUUCAUCAAUUGUCCUUAUAUUUUUUGUAUUAUGGUAUCAAUGACUGGCAGACUGGUAUUUUGAUAUAUAUAUAUAUAUAUAUAUAUAUAUAUAUAUAUAUAUAUAUAUAUAUAUAUAUAUAUAUAUGCAGCCAUCAUGCUUGCAUUCUGUAUAAUCCAUAGCUCAAGGUAUCUACUAUCCUACUUUCACAGGAUUCUUACUUCUUAUUCUAGCUAAGCAGUAGAGACCUGCCACAUAAUAUUAUUUCU